GCCUCAAGACCAAAUUUAAUGAAGCAAAGCGAGAUGCCACUCCUCCGCUCCCUCUACGCCCUCCCGCCCGAGCUCAUCACGCUGAUCGCAGGAUCCCUCUGCGCGCACGAUAAAGUGAACCUCCUCCGGGCUUUCCCGCUUCUCUUGCCCGUCCUUCCGCGAAGGGUGAUUCUCGAGACGGAUGGAUAUGGCGCCGAGUUUCUAUACGCCUUAUCCCCCGUGUACAACGAUUCGCACAGUGACUGGGAUACAACGGGAGAGGAGGAGUCCGGAGAGGACGAGGAAGUAGGGCUAGCAGGCUAUCCAGAAGCAAUCCUCGAACACGAAUCAACAUACAUAGCGUGCCCAGACACAGACACCGACGCCUCAAGCCAAGGCUCCCCAAUCUACAUCCCCAGCCAAGCCCUGGCCCCGGGAUCACGAGCAGGGCCCGCGCACGAGGGAAACAACAUGGUGCACGUCCUCGCGCAAACAGGCGACCUGCGGCUCCUGCGCGCCCUCGCCAUCCUCCACAAUACCCCUCCCCUCCCCGUCGACCGCAUGAACCACCGCGACCGCACGCCCGUCUCCCUCGCCUGCGAGGCAGGCCACCUCCCCAUCGUCGAGUUCCUGGCGGAUUGCAGCCCCUCGGGACUCGUUAGCUGGGACGAGCACGGUAUCAUGCCCGUCUCCUGGGCUGCGCGCGGGGGCCACGCGGAGAUAGUGCGGUUCCUGCUCACGCGGCCGGCCAUCACGAGUCUGUCGCCGAAGCACUGGUUUGAGAAGUCGGCGUGUGCUGCGGCGAGGGAGGGGCGGGCAGAUGUCGUCGGGGUGCUGGUCGAGGCGAUGAAUUCGUAUAUAGAUCGAAUUCAGGCUCGAGCUCGAGCUCAGGCCGAGGAUAAUCACAGCGCGGCAGCAGCAGCAGCAGUGAACGGUAAUGACGCGACAGUAAAUAAUUAUCAAAACGCAACCCAGUGCGCAUGGCUCCCCCUCCGCUACGCAAUCGACGAGGGAUACACAGACAUUGUCGAGAAGCUGCUGCAGGUGAAAACGCUGGAUAUCAGCAGACGGGGCCUGCCCUGGCGCAAAACACCCUUGUUCCUCGCUUGCCGGCGCGGGAAUGCGAGUAUCGUCGAGUUACUCUUGGACAAGGACAGCUCGAAUAUCAAUGCUGGGGAUCCGAGUGGCAAGACGGCGCUUGCGCACGCGAGGGAGAGUGGGAAUAUAGAUAUCGCCGAGUUGCUGGCUGCGCGGGGGGCGGUUGAGUAAUGGGUGUACACUACAAGAUUGCAGAUCCGUCAAUACGAUCGCUGGCAGGGAGAUGAUCUGACUAGCUGAGAACAUGAUGCAUUUAUAGAUAUACCCUAGGCCCCAAACAGGCGCCGAGAGUUCUCCUUGGAAAUGAGCAUAGCGCCAAAGCUCUUAUCCACGAGCAUAAAGGCUUUCCUUCCAUCGUAACGAAUCCUUCUGGGUCAGCACCCACCACGGAGAUCUGUCAACACCAUAAAAUACCCCCU